UCACAGACGUUGACGACCCAUAGUGACUCUGCCAGCUGUUCUAGUAGAUCCGUUGCUAAUCCCUCUACUUGAUGGUUUAUUCUCCUCCGGCCUCUCUCACAGACGUCGUACGGAAUAUCAGAGCUAAUUCCCGCGUUAUUAGCCUUCUCAGAUUCAGAUCAAAGCUGUUCAAGCUUUGCGAUGCGACGCUAACGGGAGUCGAGCGGAGGCCGUACAGCCGAAACAUAAAUACUUGCGGCGCAACAACAAAAUGACGGCUUAAACCCAGGAAUUAGGAUAUUAAUGUGAAUUAUAUCGUUUUUCCAGCUAUUGCUCCAGAAUGCAUCCAACUAUGUCCUCGUUUCCUUUACCGCUGUUGCUGCUCCUGGGCCCGGAGCUCUGGAUUGAAGUCUCCUCCAGCCCUACCGAUGACAGCGCUCUCAGGGGCGGCCAUGGGGAGCACGGAGAGCCUGGCCAUAAAGAGCACCAUAAGGACUCGUAUAGCACGUUCGCCUCCGAAUUCCUGGAGUCCAGAUAUCUCUCUGAUGAUGGUUACCCUUUUCCCACAGCUCCUCCUGUCGACCCUUUUGCGCGGAUCAAAGUGAUUGACUGUGGAGUAACUAAGGGCUGUGUGAGAUAUGGGAAGCCAGGCUGCGAUGCAGAAACCUGUGACUACUUCCUGAGCUACAGGCGUAUUGGCACGGAUGUUGAGUUUGAGCUGAGUGCCGACACAGAUGGAUGGGUUGCUGUUGGAUUCUCAUCUGAUAAGAAAAUGGGAGGUGACGAUGUGAUGGGUUGUGUUCAUGAUGACAAUGGCCGUGUUCGCAUCCACCACUUCUACAACGUGGGCCAGUGGGCUAAAGAGAUCAAGCGCAACCCGGCGCGAGACGAGGAGGGCGUAUUUGACAAUGGACGCGUGACGUGCCGCUUCAAACGGCCGCUUUAUGUACCCCGUGAGGAAACGCUGGUUGACUUGCACCUCAGCUGGUACUACCUGUUUGCCUGGGGACCUGCCAUACAGGGCUCCAUCACCAGACAUGACAUCGACUCUCCACCCGUGUCCGAUCACAUGAUCAGCAUUUACAAAUAUGUAGACGUCUUUAUGCCCUCCACAGCCUACCAGACCUUCAAUUCUCCCUUGUGUCUCCUCCUCAUCGUCGCCCUCACCUUCUACCUGCUCAUGGGCACACCGUAACCAUGGCCACAGGGCUGUGGUAAGAGAAUCAUGGCGCCAGCCCCGGCAGAAGCCUCGGAGAGGAAGGCUGUGAAAGCAAUAAAGACUGAGUGAACGCUCUGGAAACUA